ACGGCCCAUGUGCCCGUAGCGCGUCCAUAGAAACUCGCAGAACGAGGCUCUACUUAGCCGCUAUUAUCAAGUCACAGUCCUUUCUUUAAAAAUCAUGGAUUAAUCGUACCAUCACUGAGUUUCUCGGGAAAAUGAUAUAGAGGAUCUUUACUUUAUUCCUGCCUUUUCCAGAUUUUCUCUACCAGCCAUUAUGAAGGAGCAGACCUACGGCUGGUAUCCUUCACAGAAGGAUGUGUACAAGGACCGCAGGAUGGGCGCUCCUAAUGCCUACCAGCUGGAGGCCAUGUACAAAUACCGGGACAGUCAGUACUAUACAGCACCCAAACCACCGUCCCCUCGCACCCCAGGGGCAUUCCGACCCUCACCCUCGCCACCAAAGCGACCGAUGUCCACCGUGUCCUCUCAGUCCAGGGGGACAAAGAAGUCCAGCUCAUCUUUACAGGUGAGGGCCAAGAGCGCCCCUAUAUACGACUUCAAACCUGUACAACGCCUUCAGAUCCCCACCCCUCAGCAGUGCUGGGCAAUGGCUACCGAAGAAACGAACUACACAAUCCCCUCGGACCAGCCGGGUCCCUCCCCCGUACCUUACUCCUGGCCCACCCCACAGCCAGCCUCCCCCGCACCCUCCUUCCAGUCGGACCAGCUGAGUAAAUACGACAUCCGCAGCGACAGAAUCAAAAGCGCCGUCAUCAGGCGCGAUAGACCAGCGGCCCCCACACGUCCCGUCAAAUCUGCCGGUCCCUCACGGGAGACGACCCACAGAUCGGGGUCCCCCAUGAAGGCACUCAGACCAAAGACCCCGUCCCCAAUAGAGCUGGAGGACAUGGUCCCAGAGGAGACAGUGCCGACAGAAGAACUCUAUGACGAAAAUCUCAAGAAGUUUGGAUGGAGGAUGGAGGUACACGGUGAUCCGUACAGAGUCAAACCUACCACCAAGCGGCUUCCGUAUUACGUACGAUGUGACGAACCGGAUAUAGAGCCCGAGGGUCCCCGAGUACACAUGGAGAAUCUGGAGACCUUCUUCCUGAACACCAUUCCGCGCAGGCCCGCCACCUUUACCAUACACAAAGAGUGGGUGUCCGAAACAAUCCAUGCCAAGAGAAUGGAGCUCCAGAAACGUGAGGGGAUCAAGCACCGGUGGAAGAAUUUCGCUUUCGUCUAUUAACUCUUUUUCUUCCCUUGCUUUAAUCUCCUUUAUAUAUACCUCAGCUGCUUAGACCAAAAUCAUUCAACGGAAUAGGUACACAUUUGUCGAUUCCUAGCAAAGGGGGAGAACUCUAAGGGUUAUAGUCGAGUUUUGUGACGUAGAUCAUAUAUAGGUCUGUCGGGGGUUUCCGGUCCGGUCCUGUUUCCUAGACCCUCUGCUGUUGGCCAUUAGACGUUAACACAGGAAUGCGCAUGCCAGGGAUUCGAACUCACUGCCUUGCAUCGUUUCCCAUUACCACUGUGAUCCGCUACACCAUGUGUAGUAUACUAUAUAAAUCAGCGAUGUCUUUCAUACAGCUCCAUCCAAUCUAUACUCUGGAAGUUACCAAUAUUAUAAAUUUUGUUGUUAUGUACAGAUAUUUUUAUUUUCAAAUAAAAAAAAUAUCCUGAUUUUUCAUGAAUGGGUAUACAUGUUUUUUUCUGUUUAUGUCAUAGGUAUUUUUUUUCUAUUUUUGAAAUAUGUAUAUAAAAUAAAAUUGUUAUCAA